AUGCAUGCUACCAACACGAAGACUGCUACUAGCGCGAAUGAGAAAGAUGAUGAUGGUGCGUGGUUCCGAGACGUUCGUGCGCGCGUGAGCGAGGCAUUUGCGUGGCCACCAGAAAAUGAAAAGCAUGUACUUGAACCGUAUGCGUACCUGGAGCAAUUGCCCGGUAAAGAGUUCCGGUCCAAACUGCUUGACGCGUUCCGCGUGUGGCUCGACGUGCCCGAGAAUGCAUUGGAGCAGAUCAAGGGCAUGGUUCGUCGUCUGCAUAAUGCGAGUCUGAUGAUGGACGAUGUCGAAGAUCAAUCAGAGAUUCGACGUGGUGCACCUUCGGCACACGAGGUGUUUGGGAUUGCUCAGACCAUCAACACGGCGAACUACGUGUACUUCCAAGUUCUCGCAGACAUGGCACAACUUGAGCCGCGUGCACUGCCCGAGCUCAUUCACGAGCUCGGGUGGCUGCACCGUGGUCAAGGCAUGGAGCUGUACUGGCGCGAGCAUGUCGAAUGUCCGUCGGAAGAGGCGUAUGUUGAUAUGGUCAUCCACAAAACUGGCGGUCUCUUCCGGCAUCAUACCAGUGCACGUGGCAUGUGCUUCCGGCAGCGCUAG